GAAGAAGAUAAAAGCUGACGUACUCGUACUUUGAAGAUUUCGCUUAUAUUAAUUAAGUGCAAUAUUUAUAAUGUAAUAUAGUGCAACUUACAUGUACUAAACCCCGUUUCGUACCAAGCAAAAUAAUGAAACCACUCAAGGCAACACAGACGUGCAUAAAAAGACCUAGAGUAUGUUAAAGAAGCUAUAGACGGAUGUACAUUCAACCGAGAGGGCGAGUAAAGAAGGCGAUUUGCAUGUAGUAGAUAACUAAAGUGCAACAAGGUAAAAAGUUAACAACUGGCAAAUUGGAAGAUCGCAAACAAUUUUAAUGCCAAAAGCAAGGAAGAAUACACGCUUUGAUAUUAACUUCCAGUGGUGCGUUUAACAAUAAUCAACAGCAACAGCUGUGCGUGUGUGUGUGUGUGUGCACAAAGUGGUGGAGGUGUUGUUGGUAUUUGGGGGUCUGUCGGACGUUGUGUGACACAAACAGUAACAAAAUAUUGAGCCGUCGAGCAAAACACAUCAUGUGGUCGUUCUUCUCGCGCGACUCUUCAAAAGAUUUUCCGUACGAUAUUGGCGAACCAGUGCUUGGCUUUGACAACUACUCCAUAUGGACACUCCACAAGGCCAAGCGCAAGGGCACCCAAGAGGAAGUGUCCGUCUUUAUCUAUGACAUACGUAGUGGGUCAGAUACAAAAUGUGAGCUGGCCAAAGCGGCUCUCAAGCGCCUAAAAACGUUGCGUCACCCGAGCAUUCUACAGUACUUGGACUCGCUAGAGACUGACAAGAUGCUGUAUGUGGCUACCGAAUCCGUGGAACCUCUGGGCAUAUAUUCCGCACGACUUGCUACAGACAAUGUUCAAAAGGGACUUUAUUUAGCCUGGGGCGUCUUUCAAAUAACACGCGCCCUCUCAUUUCUGAAUAACGAUGGUAAUUUGCGACACAACAACGUGUCGGCCUGGUCUGUUUUUGUAAAUUCCUCCGGUGAAUGGAAACUGGGCAGUCUGGAGUACGUAUCGGCAGCAGAUGGCAACCCCAUGCCUCCAGUAAAAAUACCUGUCACCCUGGAGGUGUAUGACCCGCCGGAGAAGAAUGAUCAGAGCAAGCUCAAAGCGACCACAAAAUGUUCCGUGGACAUGUGGGGUCUAGGUUGCCUGGUGUGGGAGGCUUUUAAUGGCGUACUUAAACAGCGUUCUAAUCUUAAGGAUAUUGAUCACAUACCCAAAUCGCUGCAAUCGCUUUAUUGUGAGCUUGUCGGUGCAUCGCCUUCAAAUCGUCCCAAUCCAGCCGACAUUAUAACGCGCUGCCGCAAGCCGGGUGGUUUUUUUAAAAACGAUUUAGUGGACACAUUGUUAUUUCUGGAAGAAAUACAAAUCAAGGAUAAAGCUGAGAAAAAUCGCUUCUUCAGCGGCCUUACAACUCAUCUUGACAACUUUCCCGACAAUGUCUGCAAACACAAAAUACUUCCACAACUGAUAACAGCUUAUGAAUAUGGAGAUGCGGGCUCGGCGGUGUUAGCUCCCAUGUUUAAACUGGGAAAACUUCUGGACGAAACGGAAUAUCAAAAACGCAUUGUUCCCUGCGUUGUUAAGCUGUUUGCUUCCACAGAUCGUGUUACACGUUCGCGCCUGCUUCAGCAAUUGGAUCUAUUUAUUGCACAUUUGCAGCCGCAAGUAGUGAACGAUCAGAUAUUUCCUCAAGUAGCUCAUGGUUUCCUAGAUACAAACGCCACAAUACGCGAGCAGACAGUGAAGUCGAUUAUACAUUUGGCUCCAAAGCUAAACUACAACAAUUUAAAUGUGGAGGUGCUGCGACAUUUUGCACGUUUGCAGGCACGUGAUGAUCAGGGCGGAAUUCGCACGAAUACGACGGUGUGCUUAGGAAAGAUAGCGCCACAUUUGCAUCCACAGGUGCGCCAGCGUGUUCUCGUGUCCGCGUUUAUUCGUGCUAUGCGUGACCCCUUCCCACCGGCUCGGGUGGCCGGCGUCCUUGCCUUGGCAGCAACUCAGCAAUAUUUUUUGCUCAGCGAGGUGGCAAAUCGUGUCUUACCAUCACUGUGUUCCCUGACCGUUGACCCUGAGAAAACCGUACGCGACCCGGCAUUCAAAACAAUCAAAGGUUUCCUGGGGAAACUAGAAAAGGUCUCGGAUGAUCCAAGUUUACGCGAAACAAUGGAAGCCGAUGUGCACACAGCCACACCUUCGAUUGGCAAUGCAGCGGCCACUUGGGCCGGCUGGGCCGUUACUGCAGUGACCGCCAAGUUCUAUCGCAGCCAAAGCGAUUCCUCAAGACCACGACCGCCUUUAACUGGACGUAAUCUCUCUAAGCCCGCAUCACUAGAGCAACCUUCCAGCAGCAGUCUCUCAACCACCACAAGCAGUGUUACGUCCAUGACAUCGCUUGAGCAUGAAAGCAAUGAUACAUCGGCGUCAGCAUCGGACUAUGGCAAUAACGAUUGGGACAAUGAGAACUGGGGUGAAAUGGACACCUCACAGGAUCCAAGCAGUCCGCUGGCUGCAAAUUCAAACAAUGGCCAGCUGAUUGCGACCAAUGCCUUGAGUGAAGUCCGGGAUGGUUGGGACAACGAAGAGUGGGGCAGUCUUGAAGAAGAUCCGUGUGAGGAGGAGGAACAGGCAGAACAGGAGCAGCAACAACAGCAGUUGGCACGACAAUCGAUAUCCUCAACGACAUCAUCCAGCCAGCAACAUAGGCCGCUCCUGCCGCAUCAGCAUCAACAGCAGUUGCUGCAGCACGAACUCAACGAACUCAUCGAACCACUGGCCAAGCUUAACUCCCACGUAACAUCACCAUCGAAGCAACAACAACAACUACAGUCAACGCUGCGACCAAAAGAGCUUGCCAAUUUGUCAAGCAGCACCACAUCGCCAACUACGCCUGGCGCCUUCACCAAUUGCAAUAACAUAAGCCCACCACCGCCCUCAUCGUUGAUAAACCACUCCACGCACAAUGCUAAUUGGAAUAGUGAUUCGUGGGCCGAUGGCGAAUUCGAGCCCAUUGAUGAGCCAGGCAUGGGCAACAGUAAACUGGACGAGGCCCGUCGAAAACGUGAGGAAAAGAAGCUGCAACGACAACGGGAGCUGGAGGCUCGUCGUGCUCAACGCGUCAGUGGCCCAAUGAAAUUGGGCGCUAAAAAGCUUUAAAAGAAAUCACGAAGACCGAUGCUUGAUCUGCAAGCAUGAGCAUAUAUUCGAUUUGUAUAUUUCCUAGCUAUUACUCAAACUAAGCCUACAAAGUAUGAGGUACAUAUUAUGUAAAUGUAUUUUGAUGUGUAUGCGUUUGCGCUAUGGCAUUGCAUUAAAUGCAAGGAAUUAUUGAGUCUCUUCGAUUUCCCAACGCAUACGCACGACGAAGAGAAAAAGAGGGACGUAUUAAAAUUUUCUGUUAAGUUAAUGUACAAGCCGUUGUUUAGAAUACGCAAUUAAACUCCAUACAGAUACGUUUAACUUAUGAUAUAUGUACAUACAUAUGUAUGUAUGCAUAAAAUAGAUAUAUGUAUGUAUUUUGCAUUUUGAAAGCUAGCUGUGCACGAUAUUACUUGAACUUUGUUGGAUAAUAGAGCGUUCGGAAAUAUUUUAUUUACGCUCUCUACGCUAACGAAUGUAACUUGAAUCGUAAUUUAUAACACAAAAAAGAAAAAGAUAAAAAUAACAAGUAGCUAGUAAAUUAUUUCAAAUUUAUACUUUAGUAAGCGACUAACUGAUCGAAACAAAAAAAAAAAAACGAAAAAAAAUCUAGAAAAAACAAAAUUAAUGCGAAGCCUUAUGGCUGAGAAACUAUAUCAAAAAAAGAAAAGGAAAAGUGUCGUAAUGUCUUCUUCAAUAACAAAACUACACACACUCUGUUUUCCUCACAGAACGAUCUAAUGUUAAAUCGAACCCAUAGACGACGAUAUGCCUCUGUAAAGUGUACGUACAAGAUUUCUCCAGUUGUGUGAUUGUCGUGUCAAAUUGAUAUUGUGAAAGAACGUUCUUCAUAUUCUCCCAUUUUUCAAAGCUAAUGCUAAUGUCUUUGGUUGUACAUAAAGUAAAUUAAUUAUUUUUCCCAGAGAAAUGUAACGUAUUUUCCGAUAGAGCGAAUACAGAAAACAAUUGUGACUUUUAAUAAAAACAAAAAUUAAAUAAAAAGUAUUUUUAUAGUACCUUAA